AUGAACAAUAAGCUAAUUAAUAAGUUAAAGAGAAGAGUUUCUAAUGCGGGAGACUCUAUGUCUAUCAAGUCAGCUAGAGAACAGGCAGAUCAUGUUCCUAUCCCAGAUGCCAUCUACAACUAUAAAUUGGUUAUUGUUGCAGUCACAGCAGCUGCAGCUGCUGUGAUCAUUGGUUACGAUGCUGGUUUUAUUGGAGGAACUGUGUCGUUGGCCAGUUUCCAGGAAGAGUUUGGUAUGGACAAGAUGUCUAGUAGCCAGGCAACUCUUAUUGAGGCAAACGUUGUGUCUGUUUUCCAGGCAGGUGCAUUUUGGGGUGCAUUAAUGAUGUACCCAGUGGGUGAAAUUUUUGGUAGAAAAAUAGGUUUAAUUAUUUCUGGAUUCUUAUUGACUUUUGGCGCUGCUAUUUCAUUAGUUUCAAAUAAAGGCACCGGGUUGGGGGGUAUUUAUGCAGGUAGAGUGUUAACUGGUGUUGGUAUCGGUGGAUGCUCUGGGCUUGCGCCAAUUUAUGUUUCCGAAAUCAGUCCUGCUGCUGUCAGAGGUAAAUUAGUUGGAUGCUGGGAAUUAUCGUGGCAAAUCGGAGGUAUUGUUGGAUAUUGGAUUAACUACGGUGUGUUACAAAACAUUCCUAACUCAAAGAAACAAUGGAUCAUUCCUUUUGCUAUUCAAUUAAUUCCAUCUGCAUUAUUCUGGAUAGGUGCAUGUAUUAUUCCUGAAUCACCUAGAUUUUUAGUUUCAAAGGGUAAAAUAGCGCAGGCCAGAAAGAACUUGGCAUAUUUAAGAAAUAUCCCUGAAGAUCAUGAAUAUUCUCACCACGAAAUCGAUAUUUUCACUAAGGAUAUUGAGGAUAGAAGGGCUAAGAUCGGAGAUGGUUUCUUUGCCCCAAUAGUUGCUAUUCUCAAGAGUAAGAAGCUAAUAAUUAGAUUAAUCAUGUCUACUUCUUUAUUCCCAAUGCAAAAUGGUUCUGGUAUUAAUGCUAUUACCUAUUACUCACCAACUGUUUUCAAGUCUUUGGGUGUUAGUGGUUCUGAUGCUGGGUUGUUAUCUACCGGUAUCUUUGGUAUUAUUAAAGCAUUUGCGUCAGUAGUUUGGAUCUUUUUCAUUGUUGAUUUAAUGGGUCGUCGUACAUCAUUAAUUUGGUUCUCUGUGCCAUGUUCUCUCUGUAUGUGGUACAUAGGUGCCUAUGUUUAUGUUGCAAACCCAGCAGCAAGAUUAGCGUCCGGUAAUACUAAAAUGGAUGCCGGUGGUAAGGCUGCUCAAGGAUUAUUGUACAUUUGGACCUUUUUCUAUGGGGCUUCGUGGAAUGGUACUCCAUGGGUUAUCAAUUCAGAAAUUUUCUCUCAAGAAGUUAGAACAUUUACUCAAGCUGUCAAUGCUGCGUCUAACUGGUUCUGGGCUUUCAUUAUGGGUAGAUUUACUGGACAAGCAUUCGAAGCUACUUCAUACGGUUUGUACUUUUUGUUCGCCUCGUGUAUGAUUGUGUUCCCAUUAGUUAUUUUCUUCUUUUAUCCUGAAACCAAGGGUGUUCCAUUAGAAGCUAUUGAUCACUUAUUCGAAGUUCCAGCAUGGAGAGCCAGGGAAUACGCCAUGCAAAGAUACGAUGCUGAAUUUGAAGGUGCUGAAUUCCAAGAAGAAGAUGAUUUAGCUUCAUAUCCUUCAUCUCACGAAGAAAAGGUUGGUGCCACUACAAAUAUAACAGAUAAGAAGGAUAGUGUUACAUCCACUGCUGCUUCUGAAAAUAAAUAG